UCGCCGCCACCAGCGACGACGAUGAAUCCACCAAAGGCGGCGCCAUCCUAACCCUCCCCCCCAAUACCACCCCCAACACCAACACCACCACUUCAACCCCACUCCUCACCACCAUAACCGGCACCUUCCGCAUCCCCCCCGCCCGCAUGCCCACCGCCGGCCCGACUGCCAACAACACCGUCGGCGUGUACGCCGCCUCCUUCUGGGUCGGCAUCGACAGCGCCACACCUGCAUCAGCCGCAUGUGGAGGAGGUGGGGGAUCGCUGCGCGCGGGAGUGGACGUCUUUUGGGACGGCACGCUGGACGGCGCGCAGAAGCCGGUCGCGUGGUUCCAGGGGCCCGGGCAGGGGGCGGAGGAGGGGUUUGGGGGUGGGUUUGUGGUGGGGGAGGGGGAUUUGGUGAGGUUUACCCUUGGGUUGGAGGCUGGGGGUGUUGAUGGGGCUGGGGAGGAGGUGGUGGUGGUGGCGGAGAAUUUUGGGAGGAAUGUCACCUGUGUUGGGGAGGGGGCGGUGCCGGUGGGGAGUGUGAGGAAGGUUUUGCCGGCGGGCGGGGAGGGGGAGGGGUUGUGUCGGCGGGAGGCCGCGUGGGUGGUGGAGGAUUUUCCGAUCGAGGGGAUGCCUGAGUUGCCGGUGGCGUUGGUGGACUUUGGGAGUGUCACGUUUGGGGCGGGGGUUACGCUCGAGGAUGGGAGUGAGAGGGAUUUGGCUGGUGCUGAGGUGCUGGAUGUGAAGCUGGAGGAGCAGGGCGGGAGGCUGACCAGCUGUGAGAUUGUUGAUGGGAAGAAGGUUAAGUGCGCGCGGGUUGUGGGCGACAACUAAUGUACGAAUUGUGGUGUAAUGGUAUUCAAAUUAGAGUGUACGGGCGGUCUUGUGGAUGAAGGACAUUUAAUAUGGCAAGACACCUGACAUGGUUCACUUCAUUUAUUAACAUGCUAGCA